AUGACUGAACCAAACAAGAUUUUUGUUAGGCCCUUAGGGCCAGAAGUCGAGAGUGAGCAAAUCGAAGCUCAUUUCAGUGACCUUGGUCCUAUUGUCGAAACUCAGUUAAUGAGAGGCUUCGCCUUUAUUACAUUUGAGUCGCCAGAAGAUGCUCAAAGAGCUGUUGAUACUUUAAACGAAAGUGAAUUCGAAGGAGAACCUUUACAAAUCGAGUUUGCCAGAGAAAGAAAAGAAGAUACGAGAGGUCAGUUUAGAGUCAAGGUUUCCAAUUUACCAGAUGGAACUGCUUGGCAAGAUUUUAAAGAUUUUGUCAGAGACAAAACUGAAUUGGCACCGACUUUCGCUAAGGUUUUUAGAAAUUAUGAUACAGGUGAAAUUGUUGGCGCUUUAGAAUUUGGCUCUGGCGAAGAAUUGGAAAAGGCAAUUCCUUUGUUGAAUGAUUCAGAGUUCCAAGGUGCCGUAUUAGCUGCAGAAGAAGACACUUCUCCUUUUAUCCCACCACCACCAAGAAGAGGUGGAUUCAGAGGUGGAUUCAGAGGUAGUGGCUUCAGAGGUGGUCGUGGGGGCUACUCGAGAGGUGGUGGAUUCAGAGGUGGCCGUGGCGGUGGCUACAGAGACGACUUUAGAGGCGGAUUUAGAGGUGGUGGAUUUAGAGGUGGCCGUGGAGGUUACAGAGAUGAUUUCAGAGGUGGCGGAUUUAGGGGAGGCCGUGGUGGCUUUAGAGGAGGUCGUGGUGGUUACGAUCGUGACUUCCGCAGAGACGAUGGAUACGAGAGAGAUACUUAUGUCCGUGACAGGUCUCCUACUCGCUACUAA